AUGUCCAUAGCCCUGAAGCAGGUGUUCAACAAGGACAAGACCUUCCGGCCCAAGAGGAAAUUUGAACCUGGCACACAGAGGUUUGAACUCCACAAACGGGCUCAGGCGUCCCUCAAUUCGGGUGUGGACCUGAAGGCGGCAGUGCAGCUGCCAAGUGGGGAGGAUCAGAAUGACUGGGUGGCCGUGCAUGUGGUGGACUUCUUCAAUCGGAUCAACCUCAUCUACGGCACUAUCUGCGAGUUCUGCACCGAGCAGACCUGCCCUGUAAUGUCCGGGGGUCCCAAAUAUGAGUAUCGGUGGCAGGAUGAUCUCAAGUACAAGAAACCAACUGCACUGCCAGCUCCCCAGUACAUGAAUCUCCUUAUGGAUUGGAUCGAGGUCCAGAUCAACAAUGAGGACAUAUUUCCAACGUGUGUUGGUGUUCCUUUCCCAAAGAACUUCCUUCAGAUCUGCAAGAAGAUCCUGUGCCGCCUUUUUCGUGUCUUCGUCCACGUCUACAUCCACCACUUCGAUCGGGUCAUUGUGAUGGGUGCAGAGGCCCACGUCAACACCUGCUACAAACACUUUUAUUACUUUGUCACGGAGAUGAACCUCAUAGACCGCAAGGAGCUGGAGCCCUUGUCCGUGUCAUCGCCAGUUGGCAUUCAGAUUGUAGACCCCAUCGCUGCCAGGCCCGAGCUGUAA